AUGUCGAAACUCUUUGAACCUCUCACAAUUGUGAAGAAACAAUUGAAGCACCGCAUCGUCAUGGCACCGCUCACCCGGUUCCGGGCGAGUGAUGACCAUGUUCAUCUCCCUGUGGCAGUUGAAUACUACUCGCAGCGAGCUUCUGUUCCGGGAACCUUGAUUAUCACCGAAGCCACAAUUAUCUCGCCAGACCACGGUGGUGUUCCUAAUGCCCCGGGCAUCUGGAAUGAUGCUCAAAUUGAAGCCUGGAAAAAGGUUGUGGACGCCGUGCACGCGAAAGGGUGCUUUAUCAACUGCCAGCUCUGGGCACCCGGCCGCGCGGCGGACAAAGCCACCCUCCUGAAAGAAGUUGGGCAUGGGCUUCUGUCGUCGAGUCCAAUCUCUCUGACGGAUUGUGCCUGCCAGCCUCAAGCCAUGUCGGAAAGUCAGAUCCAAAAUGCCGUCGAGGAUUACGCGCAAGCGGCACGGAAUGCUAUCAAAGCGGGAUUUGAUGGCGUUGAGAUACAUGGGGCCAAUGGCUAUUUGCUGGACCAAUUUCUACAGGACACCUGUAACCAGCGAGAGGAUGCUUAUGGUGGAAGCGUGGAGAAUCGCGCACGAUUUCCCUUGGCUGUUGCCGAUGCAGUUGUGAGGGCGGUUGGACCAGAGAGGGUUGGGUACCGCAUCAGCCCUUGGAGCUCGUUCCAGGGCAUGCGGAUGAGCCAUCCAAUUCCUCAGUUCUCCUACCUGGUUGAACAUCUCAAGGCGCUGAAAUUGGGGUACCUUCAUGUCAUUGAAUCGCGGGUACACAACAAUGUUGAUGUCGAAAAGACUGAAGGAAUCGAGUUUGCGUUGGAUAUUUGGGGAAAGACUUCUCCUGUCUUGGUUGCUGGUGGAUUUACCCCCGAGUCCGCGAAGUAUGCUGUGGAUCAAGAGUAUCCGAACAACGACAUCGGAGUGGUCUUUGGAAGAUCUUUCCUUGCGAAUCCGGAUCUUCCAUACCGGAUUGAACACGAUCUUGAGCUCACCAAAUACGAUCGGUCGUCGUUCUACGCCCCGAAGCAAGUUGAAGGGUACACCGACUAUCCUUUCAGCAAAGAAUUUCUGGCUGCGUCAACUUAG